CGCGGCGGCUUCUCCCCAGCGGGAGUUGCCAUGGAGGAGUCUCCGGCGCAGACCCCGUCGUCUCCGCGGGAGGCGACUCCGCGGCGCAGUCCCAGGCCCCACAGCGGCUCGGUUCCGGCCCGCACCUACAGCCUGCGGCCCGCCUUCCAGCACAAAUUCCGCCCUUCUACGGUGAAAGAUUGCAUCCAUGAGGUGUUAAAAGAGGAGCUGGCCAGUGUACAGUACAACCCUGAAGAGAUCCCACAGCUCACCAAAUCCUUAUCAGAGACAAUCCUGGAAAAGCUAAAAGAGAAAGGUUUUCACCGGUAUAAAAUGGUGGUGCAAGUGGUGAUCGGAGAACAGAGAGGCGAAGGAGUUAACAUGGCUGCACGGUGCUUCUGGGAUUCAGACACAGACAACCACGCCCAGGAUAUUUUCAUGAAUGACACCCUCUUCUGUGUGGUGGUUGCCUUUGGCUGUUUCUUCUACUGACGCUGGUGAAUAGUUCAGAGAAGAUCACUGUUUCAAAUAUAUUUUUGAGGAUGGACACUCCAGUUUACAAAAUACAUUUUCUACUUGAUGCUUUUAUGAUGGACUUCUGCUGCUGCUUUGUAUAUAGCUAGAGUUUUCUGCACAAGCCCCACUGGAAAAAAUGAGAUACUUCUCUUACACAGCUUCUGUUCCUUUCAACAAGGUUUGUACUGGUGAAUUUCCUGCCAACUUCGACCCUAUAUCUACUUGCAACAUUUUUUCUGCGAUUGCUGCCUAAUGAGACCCAUCUGGUUACAACCAUUACAAACAAUUGAAAUUUCUGGUUGCAGAUUCAUUGAGUCUGCUGCAAAUGCUAAACUCGUUCUGAAUCCCAGUCUAUUUGAAUGAAUAUGUUAAAAUCUCCCUGAGAAUUGUAUAAAUGCACUCUAUAAUUUUA